CCCGGCCCUUCUACUCGCCUCAACUGCAAGUCUCAUCCACCCCUGCGUGGACACGCCUAUCUGGCUUGUCUCUCGCUUUAGUCUCAUCUCCCUUGCCUGGUCCCGCCUCACCUUCGCAUGCCAUCUCGCAAACGCCUCGUCUCGUCUCGCCUCGUGCCCUCCCGGAUUCCUCGUGUGCUAUCCCGUGCAGCUCGCAUCAUCCUCGUCUACGCUCGUCGCUCUCGUCGCCUGUCGCAUCCCGAUCCGCGUUCACUGUCAUCUCACUGCGCUUUGCUCCGCCCUCGCCGCAUGCUUUCAUCGUCACGCGCUCUAUCCCUCAACGUCUUCCAGCUUGCAUCAUCCUGUCCUCGUCCGCGUUUCCGCUGCCCAGCCCGCUAUGCGCUCCCCGUCGCGUGCUACCUCGCCAGUCUUCGUCGCCUCCGCGCUACUCAGCCAGUCCCCUCGCAUCGCCGUCGCAUUCGGAGGCUUCCCCGUCUUCUGCCCGCUCAUCGGACUUCCAACCAACUUACUCACGUCGUCCUCUCGCAACGGCCUCGUCUCUGCCUCCUCGGUGAUCUCUACCGCUCCCGGCUUCCAUUGUCGACAACCGCCUUGUCUUGCCUCGUUCCCCGGUCUCCUGGUCCUCAAAUUCGGAACAGCCUCUUCCUCCGGUUAGAUUUGUAUCGUGUCUCCCUCUUGUGUCUUGUCCUCCGAUGUCUCCUCGUGUCCGGUUCCUACUGUAGCAUACUGUACGAUCAGUAGUCUCCUGAGGACAGGGACUGCACUCCAGCACCGGACGCGGUGUUGUAGUGCAGUUUCUGCCAUUGCAUGGAGACGGUUUGCGUUGCAUAGCCCUGGUCUCAUCAUUCCCUUAGACCUUCUCCCAUCCGAAUGGACUCGGCCUAGAUUUGUAACCCUUGGUAGAAUGUUCAAUAUUGUCCCCUUC